AUGGUGAGUCAGCUAGUUUGGAAGCGGGCUGCUGCCUCUCGCAGGUUGGCAGCACGUCUGUCUCCGCAACCACUUGCCCGUGGCCUGGCCACCGAGGCCUCCUCCUCACGAAUGCCGCCCUACGCCAAAAUUGUUCGAAACCUCGAGCAGGUCCGCAAGGUUCUGGGCUCUGAGCGUACUCUCACACUGGCCGAGAAGAUUCUGUAUUCUCACUUGGCCAACCCUGAAGAGUCAUUGCUCACCGGCACCAACAAUGGCCGCGAUAUUCGCGGUAAGGCCAACUUGAAGCUGAAGCCCGAUCGUGUGGCCAUGCAGGAUGCCUCUGCCCAGAUGGCUCUGCUUCAGUUCAUGUCUUGUGGUCUGCCCUCCACUGCCGUGCCUGCCAGUAUUCACUGCGACCAUAUGAUUGUUGGUGAGCGUGGUGCCGAUACCGACCUUCCUGCCUCGAUCAAGGGUAACAGCGAGGUGUUCGACUUCCUGGAGAGUGCCGCGAAGCGGUAUGGUAUUGAGUUCUGGCCUCCAGGUGCCGGUAUCAUUCACCAGAGUGUGUUGGAGAACUAUGCCGCCCCUGGUUUGAUGAUGCUUGGUACUGACAGCCACACUCCUAAUGGAGGUGGUCUGGGCGCUAUCGCUAUCGGUGUGGGUGGUGCGGAUGCCGUGGAUGCCAUGGUUGAUGCUCCUUGGGAGCUCAAGGCGCCUAAGGUUCUGGGUGUGCGUCUUGAGGGCAAGCUGAGCGGCUGGGCCUCUCCCAAGGAUAUCAUUCUCCACCUUGCCGGCAAGCUGACGGUGCGCGGUGGCACUGGUUUUGUGGUCGAAUACCACGGCCCUGGUGUCGAGACCCUGUCUUGCACAGGUAUGGCGACUUGCUGUAACAUGGGUGCUGAAGUCGGCGCUACUACCUCGCUGUUCCCUUUCUCUCCCAGCAUGGUGCCAUAUCUCGAGUCUACCCACCGUGGUCAUGUCGCUCAGGCUGCUGCUGAGAUUGCUGCAUCUGGCCCUCAGAACCUACUGCGUGCUGAUACCGGCGCUGAGUAUGAUCAGCUGAUUACCAUCAAUCUAUCCGAGCUGGAGCCUCACAUUAACGGCCCAUUCACUCCCGACUUCUCGGUUCCUCUAUCCAAGUUCGCCGAUACAGUCCGUGAGAAGAAGUGGCCCGAGACCUUCGGUGCCGGUCUCAUUGGUAGCUGCACCAACUCCUCUUAUGAGGAUAUGACCCGUGCCGAGAACCUGGUUAAGCAGGCCGCCGCCGCCGGACUGAAGCCCAAGUCAGACUUCUUCAUCACACCCGGCAGUGAGCAAAUUCGCGCCACUCUGGAACGUGACCAGACGCUGUCUACUUUCUCUGAGGCUGGUGGUAUCGUGCUGGCUAAUGCUUGCGGUCCCUGCAUUGGCCAGUGGACCCGCACUGACGAGGUUCCCAAGGGUGAAGACAACGCCAUUUUCACUUCUUACAACCGUAACUUCCCCGGUCGUAACGAUGGUAACCGUCGCACUAUGAACUUCCUGGCUUCUCCCGAGCUGGUCACCGCUCUCUCCUACUCCGGUAGCACUACUUUCAACCCAAUGACCGACUCAUUGACCACUCCUAGCGGCGAGAGCUUCAAAUUCCAGCCUCCCCAAGGCUUUGACCUUCCCAGCGCUGGUUUCGAGGCCGGUAACCCCAACUUCCAACCCACAGCCGCCGUUCCCGAUGCUAGCGUCGACGUCGCUGUUUCCCCCACCUCAGACCGUCUCGCCCUGCUGGAACCAUUCGCUCCCUUCCCCAAGUCCGACUUGUCUGGACUGAAGGUUCUGUACAAGGUCAAGGGCCAGUGCACAACUGACACCAUUUCGGCCGCUGGACCUUGGUUGAAGUACAAGGGUCAUUUGCCCAACAUCUCAGCCAACACUCUUAUUGGGGCCGUUAACGCUGCUACUGGUGAGACCAACGUCGCCUACGACGAGGCUGGUAACAAAUUCGGCAUUCCUGAACUCGCCGAGCAGUGGAAGGUGAAGGGUCUUGAGUGGCUCGUCGUUGCUGAAGACAACUAUGGCGAGGGCUCUGCCCGUGAGCACGCCGCUCUCCAGCCCCGUUUCCUGGGUGGCCGCGUGAUCGUUACCAAGAGUUUUGCCCGUAUCCACGAGACCAACCUGAAGAAGCAGGGCGUUGUCCCUCUCACUUUCGCUAACCGAGAGGACUAUGACCGUAUCGAUGCUUGUGAUGUUGUUGACACUAUUGGCUUGUAUGAUGUCCUGGAGGCUGGUGGCCAGGGUGAGGUUCAACUGCGCGUUACCAAGGCCAAGACUGGCGAGACCUUCACCGUCCCCACCAACCACACUCUGAGCAAGGACCAGUGUGGCUUCAUUCUUGCCGGUAGUGCCCUGAACCUUCUGGCCAAAAAGGCUCAAGGCAACUAA